AUGUCGACGAUAUCAAUUGAAUCACUGUCAGCAGCUGGAACUCUAUCAUCCAGAGCGGGAACAAUACGAUCAGUGGUAUCAAGAACAUCAAGAGCACCAGAAUCAGCAGAAACACUAACAGAAAAAAAAGCUUUAACGACAUCGAAAAGUGUAUCUGCUAAUGAGAAGGAAUUUCGUGUAUCGCUGUUUCAGGUGAUACUGGAUGCUCUAACAAGGAUUGAGAGCCGUUUUCAACUGUUCUCGGAACGUGAUGAAUAUUGUAAAGCUGAACUAAAUUAUAUCGAUAAUGAACUGCAAGAUUUAAAGUUGAAAAUAGCGGAAACUGAUGCCAUUGAACAGUUGGAGGGUAUUGGUCGAAGGAUAGUGCUCUUAAGAAGCUUUUUUGCCGAAGAAGUCGGUAAUUCAGAGAUGUUGGCUUCGCUGGGAGAUGUUAUAAAAACUCAGUUUCGAAAAGCUUUGACCAACAAUGAUACCGUGAAAAAAAAGCUAGAGGAUGAAGUGACAAAUCUUAGUGAACGAUUAAAUUCGCUAGAACUGGAAAAUCAAAAAUUACGUACAGAAAAGUGGAAUAUGGAGGAAAACCAAAAUCGUUCAAGACAACAACUGGACAACGAGAAUCAAGCUAUGACAAGACAUGCAGCACCUAGGGCAAUAGAUGGUAUAUAUUCGCAAAAGCCUAAAAAAUGUGUAAUUUGCCUUGAUAAUAAGAAUAAACGAGAUUUACAGAAAACUCAAGUGAAAUGGUUAAAAAAUUUUAAAUACAGUAGUUCCCAUAUCAGGCAAAAUCAAAACUUUUAUACAACUUCGAUUGACAGACAAUUUACUAGUUUAUUUGCUUUGAGAAAUACGCCUAUUGAUGUAGAAGCUCUCAUGAUUUUGUGUAUUUAUCUUUUGAUCAUCAGUGGCCUUUAUAACCUUAUUUAA